AUGAAUUGGUGUCAUGGUUUACAUAGCCACGGCCUAAAACAGAUGUUUACGCACAGACAAAGGCGCAAAGUGAAAUUUCAGAUGUGGUCUACGAUUAUGCAGUUAGCUGUCAUGCAGAAUAAAAAAAUAAUAAUCACUGUAGUGCCCCUGCAGGUGCUUUGA